CCCGGGUUCGAGUCCCGGCAACGGAAUUUUUUGUCUUUUUUCGUGUUUUUUUUUUCCCAUUCGGUUCCUGUAAACUUCUUUUUGAAGAAAAUCGCGGCCUAUAUAUGAAAUCCUUCUCGCUUUCAUGAAAAGGCGUCACCUUGGUGAGAUUUGGAAGCUGAAACUGGCAUCGUAUUUCGCUUUCAAUUCAUCCAUUUCGAUUUCAUCCAUUCUGUGACGUUGGAUCGACGGCCAAAUCAUUAAUCAACGGAGAUACAGAAUUUUAUCUGUCCAAACAUUUAGUGCAGAUAUGCGAAACGAAGGUGACUUGAUAGCCUCAGGGUUGUUAAAUGACUAUCGCGAGGAACAGGAGCGUGAGGACGAGCUCCUGCUGGAUGAUGGUUAUUUGGCCUUAUUGGAAGGACUAAAAGAAUCAGAGUUCAAGCCAGAGCUGUUUUCUCAAGAGGAUAUGGCUUGGGUGGAUUCCUGCCUUGUUGCCGAUCCAGAAUUGUCCUUGGAAAGCUGGAAUUCUCUUAAAGAAGCCCUAAUUGAUAGCAUCACAUCUUUUGAUGAUUUCCAUGAGAACAAUGCAACAUUCCAUCAUCUUGAUGAGGCAGGGAAUGGCGAACAAAUGGCGGUUGAUGAAGAGGAGGUUCCUACGAAGCCAGAGAUUGUCAGCGAUCAAGAAGAUGCUGCCAAUGUCCCAGCACUGGUGAAUAGAGCUGAAGGAUAUGGCCGUGAUGUUGGUGAUGGACACGAGGAAAUUCUAAAAGAAAUUGAAUCGACCGAGACUAUUUUCAUGGUGUGGAAUCUCCGGGAGGAACAGGACGAAAAGGAGCAUGAGCUGAUCCCUGAACUGAAGAGAGCUGUUGCAGACCUCCUAGUGGCGAAGGAAGAGGAGGAUCAGUUCUUAGCUGAUCUGAACCAAGCUCUUGCAGAGAGUAUUCUCAGGGAUAAGCUGAGGGAAGGAGCUGAGGAAGCAAGCACUGCUGAAGCUGCAGAGCUAGAUAAGCUCAUUUCAAGUUUGGGCGAUUUAUCACUCAAGCCGUCAUCCAAAUGAAGUUUUCUUAAGUAUUUCAUUGAUCCCAAUCUGAUGAAAAGUUAUUUAGUAGCCAUGUAGAUUGUUCUAAGUACUGUUGUUUCAUUUGUUUAGCAGUCGUCUAGCAGAUUGGAUGCAGGUUUUCCUGAAACCAUAUAUUGUGCAUAGUAGUGAAAUCUGCAAGUUUGGAUUUGAAGUUAAUUAUUUCAAAAAUGGUUUAUUGAGCGUUGUUUUAUUCUGAA